AGCCAAACAAACACAUUUAAAGGGAAGUGUGUCAUCAUAGAAAUCAAGUUUAUGUUUGUUUCAACGAUUUGCUUUCUUUUGUUGCUGUCAAUUUCAUGUCCGCGUUGUGAUUGCUUUCGUUGUGCCCACGCCGUCAACAAGCACCGCAGGAAGUCAGCGGUCGGUUACGCAAUGCGCGUGACACUGACUGAGUGACUCCUGGUAGCUUUAAGUAACUAGCUAGCUUGCUAGCGCGCAAGGUGAGAGAGCUCGCAUUGCAUCGUGACGAGCUGAUCAAGUGCCUUCAAGUGUGCUAUUGCACAUAUUCUUCGUAUUCCCAAUGGCGUCACUGCUGACAGCUUUCCGGAGAAUAGCCCACGCUGGUGUUCGUGAAUAUGCCCUGAGGACGGCAGCAAGUUGUGGUGCUUUGGGGCUGAAUGGUUAUAGGAGUUUCGCUACCGUCACGCAGCAGCUGAGGUCGGAAAACAAGGUGACGGUCCAAUUCAUCAACAGAGACGGCGAGAAGAUAACAGCCAAGGGCUCUCCCGGGGACUCGCUGCUCGACGUCGUCAUCAAUGAAGAUCUCGACUUUGAUGGCUUCGGAGCAUGCGAGGGGACGCUGGCGUGCUCCACCUGUCAUCUCAUCUUUGACGAGGACGUCUACAAAAAACUGGGCCCCAUCACGGACGAGGAAAUGGACAUGCUGGAUUUAGCAUACGGCCUGACUGACACAUCGCGUCUGGGUUGCCAGAUCUGUCUGAGCAAGUCCCUGGAGGGCAUGGUGGCUCGUGUUCCAGAGAGCGUAGCAGACAUUCGACAAAGUCAAGAUGGCUCUUCUUAGCAACGUUUUGCAGGAGACGGUCGGUGACGCUUGGUGGGCUGCCAAAACUGUCAUUUGUAGUCUACGAUGGACUAUCAAAACAAAGAAGAAAAAAAACUCUGUGGCACAUCCAAGGACUGAUCAGGCAAACAAAAUGUGACCGACAUGCUUGCAAAGCUCACUCAGCAAGUAUAUUUUUAUUGUAAUUCUGUCAUUGGUCAUCUUGACAGUUUGCCAUCUUUUAUGUAACCUUAGAAUUUUAUCACGUGAUUGUACAUAGAACACAUUUGUGUAUAGGGAAAACCGAUAAUAAUAAAAGAAUUAACCUUUGUAA